AUGCGUCGAGCAACUUCCUUGCUCCUCCUCGCGGGCUCCGCCUCUGCCGCCUUCCAGUUUCCCUUCAAUCUCUGGCCAGCUACAAACCCACCCUCCCCCAUCGAGGUCACAAACAUCGUCAAUCCCCAGUCGCCUCGCGUCGCCAUCAUAGGCGCGGGUGCAGGAGGCUCGUCUGCGGCGUUCUGGAUUGCAAAAGCAAAAGAACGGUUUGGAAUUGACGUGGAGGUAGACGUGUAUGAUCGAUCAAAUUACAUCGGCGGCAGGAGUACGACGGUAUAUCCAUAUAAUGACUCGUCUUACCAGCCGGUAGAGCUGGGUGCGUCCAUAUUCGUGAACAUCAACAAAAAUCUAUGGAGGGCGUCCGACGAGUUCAAUCUUCCACGCUACGGGUUUGAGGACGAGGAAGGGGAGCUUGGUUUUUGGGAUGGUGAAUCAUUCCAAGGUGGCACGAAAGGCUUUUUCGGAUCCUUCCUUGACAACAUCAAAGUCCUAUGGCGAUACGGCUACUUCUCCCCCAAGAACACGCAAAAUCUUGUCAAAGAUAUGGCUGACAAAUUCGUCAAACUAUACGCCCCAGAAGCUCUCAAGUGGGAGAAUCUCACCGACAUCUCCGACGCGUUUGAAUGGGAUGAGCUCAUCUCUCAGACCGCCUCUGAGUACUUCCGUAGCCACGGGGUGUCGGAAAAGUUCACGAACGAAGUUAUCGAUGCCAUGACACUGGUCAACUAUGCGCAGGAUGUCGACAGUAUCCACGCGUUGGAAGCCGCAGCCUCCAUCGCCGCAUCAGGUGCGGCGAGCAUCAAAGGUGGCAACUGGCAGAUCUUCGAGAACUUCGUGCAUCGUUCCGGCGCGCGCGUAUUCCUCAACACCAACGUUACCUCGAUCUCCCGCAAGUCGCCCACCACGUGGACAGUCGCGACCUCGCAGGGCGCAGCCGACUACCUCGCCGUGAUCCUCGCCGCGCCCUACCACACCUCCGACAUCUCGAUCCCAGAGGACCUCGCCGCGCUCAUCCCGAAGCAGCCCUACGUCCACCUGCACGUCACGCUGCUCGCCACGACCGCGCCGACGCCGAACCCCGCGUACUUCGGGCUGCCUGCGGGCGCGGGCGUGCCGACGAGCGUGCUGACGACGCUCGCGGGCGCGCGCAAGGGAGGCAAGGCGCCCGAGUUCAACUCGCUGACCUACCAUGGAAAGCUCGACGAGUGGGUCGUCAAGAUCUUCUCCAUGGGGCCGAUGUCAGACGAGUGGCUCGCGGACAUAUUCCAGGGCCAGGUCGGCUGGGUCCUCCGUAAAGAGUGGGACGCGUACCCGGUUCUCCCGCCCACAAACACCUUUGCGCCCGUCAAGCUCGACCGCGGGCUGUUCUACGUCAACGCUUUCGAGCCGUUCAUCUCGACGAUGGAAACGGAGACGCUCGCGUCGCGCAACGUCGUCGACUGGCUCCUCAAAGAGGAAUUCGGUGCCGGGAUCUGCACACCGCCGCAGUCGCGCGCUGCCGCAGACGAAGCUACCAUCGAGACCGACGAAAUCGAGAAGGAGAUCGAAACCGAGAGCAAGGCAGAGGACACGCCCGCAGCGGAACUCCAGCUUGAGCUCGAGCCAGAGACGAAGACGGAAGUCGAAGCGGAUGCGGAUGCGGCCGUCGCGGAGCCAGUCGCUAUCGAAGAAAAGCCGAACGUCGCCGACUUUGUGUACGGCUGGGAUUGCUGA